AUAUGCGCGCGUUUUCUGAAGAACGAUUUGGCGCGAUCGGUUGUGUUAUGUCUGUGGUCUUGAUCAAGCGCGCGGCGAGGUAUACACUUCAAUACGCGGACGCUUAACAGGGCACGCAAGCUGAAUGUACUGUGCUAGCAAACAGAGCAAACUAUUUCGGUACCAUUCUCGCGUGUGCUGUGUUAAGUUCUAGUAUUCUGCCAAGUGCAAUCGGCAUCGUCUUGUGCAACUUCUACACCGACUUCUUGUGUUUGACCGCCGUGGUUUUACGAUGCCGAAACGUCACGCAAAGGCUGGACUGUCGCAGAACACCCCACCGAAGGUGGACGACAUUGUUUUAGUAAGCUCGGAGAGUGAUGAUGAUUCAUCGCCUGUGCACGUUAUCAGUAGUGAUAGUGACAGCGAUGAUGAGUUCCCCGUUUUCCACCCUGAUGGACGUCUCGAACAGGGAAAGGGAUCUGCAGCCAAAGAAAGAAAAAUUGAAAAGCAAGAGCCCACUGGCCAGGAAGCAACAGCGGGAACAAAUGCACCGCCCGCAGCACGGCUGCCCACUGUAGAUCCACUGUGCGCAAUACACUUGGUUGCACCAACCAUCUAUGGCAAUCAUGGGGCCAUCUAUAAUGUUGUACUCAACCAGACGUGCCUCAAAAUGAAUCGGAACAAAUUUUACAACAUGCAACUUGUGAAGGAUGUGUACGAUGACCACUACUACGUGUGGUUCCGCUGGGGCCGUGUUGGAGAGAAGGGAUUAACAAAUUUGGUUCCCUGUGAGAAUGACAUCCUGAAAGCGCAGUUGCUGUUUGAAGAAAAAUUCUACUUGAAAACUGGCAAUAAGUGGGAAGUAUGGGCCAGUGACAUGAAAUUCACAAAGCAGAAGGGGAAGUAUGACAUGCUCAAAGUGGACUACAGUGGUCCUGAGAACCAAGGAGACAAUAUUGAGAAGCUUUCUAAGGACAUUGCCAAUAAUGCUUCAUCAAGCAAGCUCGAACCCAAUUUAAUGAAACUCAUGUCUCUGAUAUCUGAUGUGAAAGCAAUGAAAGAAAAUGUUGUUUCCAUGCAUUUUAAUGUGGAAAAAGUGCCCUUGGGCAGGCUCACGAAGGAGCAGAUUCUUGCAGGCUAUAAGGCACUGCAUAAAAUUGAAGAUUGCAUUAACAAGAACAGCCCCAAAAAUGAACUUACAGAGGCCUGUAGCGAGUUUUACACCUGCAUUCCUCAUUCAUUUUCGCGAAGGCAAAGACCCAUGUUGAUUUGUACAAAUGAACAGGUACAAGAGAAGCUGAAGCUGCUGGAGGCCUUGGAGGAUGUCCACACAACCUUGGAACUUUAUCGGAAGAAGAUUGAAAUUGAGAGUCAGCAUCCUCUUGAUCGCCUUUACAGAACACUGGAUUGUGGAUUGACUGAACUGGACUGCGCCGACUAUGAUUACAAGAUCAUUCAAAUGUCUAUUGAAAAAACACAUGGAUCAACUCAUGUUGGUUACUGUCUGGAGGUGCAGAAUGUGUUUCGAAUAGAGAAGACAUCCUACAAUGGGAGCUUUGUUUCUGUUGGAAACCACAGAAUGCUGUGGCAUGGCUCACGGAUCUCAAACUUUGCGGGCAUUCUGAGCAGCGGACUGUGCAUUGCACCCCCAGCUGUACCCGUGAAUGGCUACAUGUUUGGCAAAGGUGUCUACUUUGCUGACUGUGUGAGCAAGAGUGCAAACUAUUGUUUCCGGAAGCUAAAGGAAGAAGGGCUGCUGCUGCUUUGUGAGGUAUCCCUUGGAAAAAUCAAGGAAGAAGCACAUGCGAAGUCAUAUGACAUAUUGCCCAAAGGUAUCAACAGUGUAAUGGGCGUCGGCCAGUUCACCCCUGAGAGCGUGGGAGAUUUUCCUAUGUCGAAUGGUGUCAAGAUGGCAUGUGGGAAGCUGGUGAAGAGACCACGUUCAAAUUUGACCCUUUUGUACAAUGAAUACAUUGUGUAUAACACUAACCAGGUGAAGAUGGCGUAUCUUGUCAAGGUGAAAUUUUUAGGACAUGGUGCCAGAAAGUGAAAAUUUUACAGCACGCUUAUUUUCAUGCUGUUUAACUGUGAUAAACCAGUAUACAUUGGACUUUCCAUGCGUGGCUGAAGGAUGAAGCAUAUAAUACUGUAAAUUAGAUGCUUUAUCAUGUGGGACACUUGUUUAGUGUGCCGCUCACUGGCCCCUGCGACCACUCAAAAUUUUCUGACCACUGUUGACACAUAAAACACCGUUCUACGAAGACAGUACAAACUGCCUGUGUCCACUGCUUACCGUAGUAUUUAUGAUAAUUUUGUUGCUGUGUUCAAUUGUGUUGCAUGUUGAUCAAGCUGGUCAUAAGCAUUUUUAUCGAUGACUCCUAGUGCAUGAGGCCUGAAAGUAAGUAUUGCUCAAAAUUUCAUAUGUUCACCCUGAAGUGUCACCAGUUGUUAUUCCACAUUGUUUCAGUGCCAGUCUAUGAAUAAAGAAUGUUCUUUGCAAUGUCUGAACUAAACAAGGCCUUGUGUGGUGGUGCAGUCUGCUGUGAAAAUCUGGAGACUGACUUCCAAUGCAUAUUAGUCUAUAUUUCUAUCAGUGGUUGGCAAUCAGCAG